GCCGUCUCGGCCGAUGCUGAGGGUCGGUGCCCAUCCCGCGCGGAGGGGACCCGGCCGGGCCGCCGAGCCGGGCCGGGGGCCGGAGCCCGAGCCUGCGCUCACGGCGCUCGUCAGAAGUUAAGGUCUGCGCGGGGCGGCCAUUGGCGGCGGAGCGUCACGUGACCGCGGGGGCGUGCCAAUGUGCGCCCUCACGGGUGUCAAGCCCCUGUCAGAGUGUGCGAUCAAGAUCCUGAAACAACGCGAUGCAAAAAGCGACCUACUACGACAGCUCGGCGAUCUACGGUGGCUACCCUUACCAGGCAGCCAACGGGUUCGGUUAUAAUGCCAGUCAGCAGCCGUACCCUGCGUCCGCAGCACUGGGCGCCGACGGCGAGUACCACCGACCCGCCUGUUCACUCCAGUCGCCUGCAAAUGCUGGGGGCCACCCGAAGGCGCACGAGCUGAGCGAGGCGUGUCUGCGCACCCUGAGCGGUCCGCCCAGCCAGCCCCCGGGUCUGGGCGAGCCGCCUCUGGCCCCACCGCCACCCCAGGCCGCGCCCCCCGUCCCACCGCAGCCUCAACCCCCGCCGCAGCCCCCUGCGCCUGCCCCUGCCGCGCCCCCGCCCCCCUCAUCAGUCUCCCCAUCUCAGAAUGGCAGCAGCAACCCCACCCCUGCCAGCGCAGCCAAGAGCCCCCUACUCAACUCGCCCACCGUGGCCAAACAAAUAUUCCCCUGGAUGAAAGAGUCUCGGCAAAACACAAAGCAGAAAACCAGCGGCUCCAGCUCAGGGGAGAGCUGCGCAGGUGACAAGAGCCCCCCUGGGCAGGCGUCAUCCAAGAGGGCGCGCACGGCCUACACUAGCGCGCAGCUGGUGGAACUAGAGAAGGAGUUUCACUUCAACCGCUACCUGUGCCGGCCGCGCCGGGUGGAGAUGGCCAACCUGCUGAACCUCACCGAGCGCCAGAUCAAGAUCUGGUUCCAGAAUCGCCGCAUGAAGUACAAGAAGGAUCAGAAGGGCAAGGGCAUGCUGACAUCAUCAGGGGGCCAGUCCCCAAGUCGCAGUCCCGUGCCACCGGGCGCUGGCGGCUAUCUGAACUCUAUGCAUUCGCUGGUUAACAGCGUGCCGUACGAGCCCCAGUCGCCUCCGCCUUUUUCCAAGCCCCCGCAGGGCGCCUACGGGCUGCCCCCCGCCUCCUACCCCGCACCCCUGCCCAGCUGCGCGCCCCCGCCGCCCCCACAGAAGCGCUACACCGCGGCGGGGGCGGGCGCGGGAGGCACACCCGACUAUGAUCCGCACGCACACGGCCUGCAGGGUAACGGCAGCUAUGGGACCCCACACUUACAGGGAAGCCCCGUCUUCGUGGGGGGCAGCUAUGUGGAGCCCAUGAACAACUCUGGCCCGCCCCUCUUUGGCCUAACUCACCUCCCCCACGCUGCCUCGGCUGCCAUGGACUACGGGGGUGCUGGGCCGCUGGGCAGCGGCCACCAUCACGGGCCUGCGCCAGGGGAGCCGCACCCCACCUACACGGACCUUACCGCCCACCAUCCUUCUCAGGGAAGAAUUCAGGAAGCCCCCAAGCUCACCCAUCUGUGAUGGUGGGCUCGGGGCUGCGCGCCAGGAGAGUCCGCACCCGCCCACCCCCUUCUUUGCUUUUUUUGUUUUAAGGUUCUUCCUACCCCUCCCUUUUCUCUCUCCUCCGCCCCCCAUUCUCCCCUCCUCCCGCGACCGUCCCCCCCCCCCCCCCCGCCUUUUGCUUCCUUUGGUAACACGUUUUUAUAGUUUAUGUGACGUAGCAAUCUUGGUUGCUGGAAUGGCUGUCAGUAUCAGUAGCGUUAUUUAUCUCCUCCCACCCCUCGCUCGGCCGCUGGCCCUGCACCCUUUACCUUCUUUACUCUUUGAUCAGAAACAGGGUAUAUGAACAAAUUUUCUAGCCGAGUUCUUCAAUGUGAAUUUGUUCGUACAUAAUGGCUCCCGAGGGGAAGCGAUUACUUUUUUUUUUUAAUUUUUAGUGGUUUUUUUUAAAAAUUGCACUUCUUGUAAACGAGAAAAAAAUCAAAGGCGCUUUGAAACAGGGGCUCCCUGUGCAAGGAUGACUAAGUGUACGUCUUUCCGUGUGUGUAUGCUGGUGAACAGUCAGAUUUAUUUAUAUUUUUUUUGCAAGCAUUGAAUAAUCUAAGUUUUAAAUAUUAUUUAUCCCCAUCCGUUCGUAUUUAUAUUAAAGAAAUUCUGUACCCUGAUUGUUCAGAAGGUUUCUUGGGCCUUUUGUUCAAUGGUGUAUUGGCGUACAUAGAAAAAAAUUUUAUUCGAAAGGGAAAUAUAAUUCCUUUAUAAAAACGGUAAUGAUGCAAUAAUACCAGAGAGGAUCCAGCUUUUGAAAACAGUGAUUUAGGUUUGUAACAUCCGGCGAAACUGAAAAAAAAAAAAAUCUGUAAACGCGAAAAAUGCUAGAUUUGUUCUGAGUUCUACAUUCCUUGCUGCUCACAUUCUGAGAAACAAAACAAAACAAAAAAAUAAAGUUUCUAUUCUGAGUAAUAUCCGUGUUCAGAAGGGAUUCUUUGACCGAAGAUAAGGGUCUGCGUGGAGUCCAGGCAGAGGCGAACUGGCGGAGCAGGCCGCGGCAGCCCCCCAGCUCCGGCGUGAGGCCUGGCCAGGCGGCUCUGCCGGGGGCGCGGCGAAUUCUCGGGAAGGCAGCGGAGCUUCUGGCGGCUGCAGCUCUGGAAACGCUGAAGCUGCCUGCCCGCUGGGCUGCCUGGUUCCCAGCUGCCACCGAGGCCGGCCGCGGGCGCAGGGGCAACGGAGUGCUGAGUGCGGGAGGAACAAAGGCAGCCAGCCCGUCUGAGGCGCGGCGCGGGGCGCACAGGUGCUCAGGCAGCCCCGCCGGGGAAUAAGGUAGGGCUGUCUUCUGCUCCAAGAUCGUCCUCCGGUCAAAGCGGACCAGCCAACUCCUUAACCCGGGGAAUCGGCUGCGCGGAGGAUGCUGAGCACUUUCUAGGAGCAACGGGACGCUCCGCGGAUGCUUUGCUGUCCCUUACCGCGUCAGGAGGAAAGAAUCACUCCUAAAAUCACCACUGGGAGCGGGGCCGCUCGGAAGAGACUGACGCUCACCCAUCUCCAGAAAAAGAAGGGUUGAACUCCAAGGAGCCUCCCCGAGUCCUACCAUGGACUGCUUCAGUCCCAGCAUUGGCUUCUUCCUGGAAUAUAGGCUUUGGCAUUCUCUGAAUUUGUUUCCUCUCCUUCCCUCCCCACUUUCCUUUUAUGGCCCCAGGGGGAGGGGAGAGAGAGAGGAGAUUGGUAUCUUUCUAAUAAAAAUGCAGUUUUACAAGUACUUCUUUUAUUUGAUGCUACAGGAGCUAAACAUUACAUUUCUACUGCUGGAUUUAAGAUAGGGCUGCCUACUGACUGGCUGGCAGAGGCAAAGGCAGGCACAGGAGAGGAAAUAUUUUUCAUCUUCAGAUUAAAGAAUUGCUUGGAGAAGAAACCAAAAUCAGAAGGUGCAAAUCUCAGAACUGCAUCCCCAUCAGCAUCCCCCCCCCCCAAAGCUGGAAGUGAGGAACCACCUGUAUCUGGGGAUCAGGAGCAUCUGAUGUGAGAAAUAAAUCCAUUUCCCUGGAUUGUAUCUUUCAGCGGGAGAGAUGGGAAAUGUCGCCAUUUUGUUUGCAAUCCAAAAUAUACAUCAUCAUGGCCUCUAUCUUUCCCCUGAGAAGCUCCCGAAGAUGAGCUUUAAAAACAGACAGUGCAGGCAUUUUGGGGGUACCUACUGGGCCUGAAGGAGCUGCUUUUAGGGAACCUGCU